AUGAACAACAGGCGUACAGACGGUCAUAUGCGCCUCUCCCUCCGUUGUCCCGGUCAGACGCCCGCACCCGAGUGGCCGACGUCAGCGGUCUCUAGUGCGGGAAAGGCGGAAUGGGAGGCUGCGCUAUUUUGUGGGGAAGAGCACCCAAACUGUCACUCCUUCGCAGACCCUUACGUAGAACACGACCCCCUCAUCGUACUGCUCGACCUCAUCCUGCUCAAGCGAGGAGUAUACCGGCAUUUGCUCUUCAACCACGGGGCACUCCCUAGGCGGCUAGACAGGGAGGGCAGGGAGGUAGAGGUGCAGAAGGGGGAGGAACUCACGGAGGGAGCGAUACUCUGGAGCCUAGGGCUCUGCCUAACACUGGUAGACGCGUUCAUACGCCAUUCCUCGCCCCAAGGAUGGACCGAAGACCGCAGGCCAUACACAUUGGCAGGCUACGAAUGGACGACCUCGGGAGCGUUCUCUCUGGGCCGGACGUUCCUCGCCUGUCUACUUGAAACGAUCACUUUCCACUUGCUUGUUAUCCUCGGUAGCUGGGGGGUACUCUUCCUCCGUCGUACGCCUUCAAACCCCGGUACGGAACCGACGUAUGUCCCCCCUUCCUCUAUCCUAGCCCCUGUCCAGGUCUAA